AUGGCGCGUAAGAGGACCAGCAUCACUGUCGUCAAGGAUGUGGAAGAAGUACCCUAUCCUCCACCAGAAGUUCCUGCUCAGGUGAAUGGGCCACAGAUUCAGCAAGAAGAACCUGUAGGCAAUAUUGAUAUGUACUCUCGUUUGGUAACGCAACACAACUUCUUAAUAGGGUUCUAUGUGAAGUUCGAUUUGACUCAAAUUUAUGGAGCUUUUUUCAUGUUCAUGCAGACGGAGCAAUUUCGGAACAAUGUGCUGGAACUCUGGAUGAAAACCCUAACCGAAGAAAUAGAAAAGAGACAUGCGAUUGAAGCAAGCCUGAAACAUAAAGAAAAGCUGCUGGAUAGGUUCAGACGAAUGUACAAUUUCUAUAUGGGGAGGACGACUAUGCUAGAGGACAUAGUCCAGCGGAGGUUGGCCGAUGCAGGAGUUACUUGCAGCACCGCCGCCUCCACUGCCGGUGGUGAGCAGGAAGAAGUUGCGUCAUCUUUAGAACCAAAUUAUAGUGUGAGAGGGGUUGAUGUGAAAUGCAAGAACUGCAUGAAUCGACCUGCAAACAUGCUGUGGUUUCCAUGUCGACAUUUAUGCGUCUGUUUGGCUUGUGAUGAGAAGGUUAAGGUCUGUCCGAUGUGUGGUACCCCCAAAAUCUCAGGCUUCGUGAUCAAUCUUCCCUAUCCUCACUAG